AUUCAAUAUGUGAAAUAUACUCAUUAGGAUAUGAAAGAAGAACAAGUGUUUCAAUGAAGAGUCUCUUUUCGGCGAUUUCAUUUCCAAAGUUGUACAACUGCUAAUUUAUGCAUUUUUCUAGUGUAAGGAUUUGAUAGUUAAAGACGGUUUUUUAAGCAUGGCGACACAAGUAGUGUCAAUAAAUGAAAUAUAAUUGAAAUCAAAAAAACCAAAGACUAUUGAGCAGUGAAUAUUGAUCAAAAUAAGUUGACAAGUAGUUUCGUAAGAUGAUGACAUAAUUGGGAACUGAAUUGUGAUCAAUCAGAGUAUAGCAACGGGAGUGAAUAGUAAAUCCUUCAAGAAGCGAAUUGUGUCAAAGUAAAAGAAGAAAAAGAAGGGUAAAGCGGAGGCUGAGAACUAAGACCGUGAAAGGAGAAGGCGUUGAACCAUCUCAUUUUGCGUACACAGUUCAGGUUUCUCUGUAUGGAUGGAUGUCAAGAGCAUCGGCUAUGGAGAGAUUAUGAAGACGUACAGCCUUUGAGAGAUUUCUUUUCACUUCAUAGCUGACGUUGAACGAGGAGGGUUCUUAAGAUAGGGUAAUUGGUGUUCACGAUGUGUUCAUCUAUAAUACUCCUUAUCGCUCCAUUGUCACCUCUUUGUUAUCAUGCGGGAUAGUGUUCUUGAACCGUUUUGGAUAACAGUCACAUAGAACGACCUAUAUACCUAGCUCCAAAUCUUUACGCUAGAAAGAUGUAUAAAUUUGAGACUGUACAACUUAGAAAAUGAAAUUGGAGAGGACUCUUUGCUGAAAUAAAAGAAUUUACACGAACGAAAAGAGUGUUGUCAACACAGAUUAAAAGCAUACAGCAAAUUCAAUUGUGUUACAAAAUAAAGCACAUAAUUUGUAGUAAACUGAAUGCAAGUUCAAGUCGGAAGUUUAUGAGGAUUCAUUUAUUUCAAGGUGAUUUUCAUCAUGAACUGAUAUCAGUGGGGGAACUGUUGAUUACCUGAGAUUCCUGGAAAGCUUUUUCACCCUGGUACGUGACAUUUUGGUAGUGAUCUUUCACCGCCCUACCUGCUGUCAUGUACAGGACUGCUAUGUCUUAUAGUGAGCACGUCACUGUCCAGUCACUGGGUCAAAACUCAGUGUUCUUCUUUUUCCGACUUCCAUGACAUAACGUAACCAUCAUGUAAUGCCAGUGUUUAGCGUUUGUCGUCAUACCCGACCUACUUUGUCUCACAGGUCUCGGCUUCUUGUUAGGACUUCGGAAAAUCCAUUUCAUUUGACAGUGAUUCCCUUCAGAGGUCUGUGAGAAGUCAGUGAUUUUAUCAUGGAUUACCUUUAUCGUGAACUGACAGAAGUAGGAGAAUUUAAAUUAUUGGUUUUCCACCCAGUGACUGAAUGCUAAAGUUAUCAUCAUGCAACUUGACACCAUUAGGUUCGAUUUUUGGCGGGGUUAUGACUACACGCUGCUGAGGAUUUCUGUACUAAGGCGAAACAGCUUUCCAGCACUUUAUCAUUUGCAGUGAUUCUCUAAAUAAUCUUAAUCCAUGAUCAAUACUAACGUGUAGCUUACUUUUAGUUUUCAACGAGAUCAUGUGAAUCAGUAAUCAACGGACCUCCAGAAAGCUUGUAAAAAUGACUACAAAAUAAUACUGUAUAAUAUUAUCUGAAUAAGUUACCUUUGAAAAUGAGUACAAGAAUUGGUUGAAGUAUGGUUGAGUAAAUUUUAAUUCUUUCUUGCUUCAGGCCCUUAUUGGUAUUUUAAUUCUUUGACUUUGCAUAGGCUGUUUUCAUGUCAAGAUUGGGAAGAUUAUUGUUAAGCUUCGACAGAUAUUGGUUGUUUGGGUAGCACGGUUAUAUAAUAUUUUGUUCUACAUCUAAAUAUUUGUAUCUUACAUAUUGUCAUUCUUACUAUGACUACUCAAUUUUUAGGAGGAUAUCAGCACCUUUUGUAGCGAUAAAAGCCAAUAAUAAACGCGAGUCGAUGACAGCAAGUUUACUUUUCAUGUUUGCUGUUGUCCAGUGUAUAUGCGGUUUCGUAUUACCAAUAUGUGAUUCAUUUGGAAUGAAAGGAGUUAAACGGUAUAAUGAUGCUGAUCAUAAGUAUUAUCUUGAAAUAUUUCUAAUAUCACAAUAUUGUGGAGCAGUUCUUGUAUUGGCCUACUUACAAUUUUUAAUACACAGUGGAACAAAAAAGCAAGCGAUAAACACAGCUUUGAGUGAAAUCUUCAAGUCAAGAAGUACUUGCAAAUUGGUUGAUGAUAAAAGUAUGGUUAUAAAUGAACAUCAUGAGUUAAGUGAACCGAAUUCAACACCAUUAUCAGAUGAUGCAAAUCCUUCACAACCAGUAAAUCAAUUCGAAAAAAUGUCUGAUAUUGAAUCGACAACAAGUGACAAGCAGUAUACACCAGUAAUUAACUAUUAUAAUCAUGGAAAGCGUUACAUUUCACUACAUCCAGAAGGAAUGAAUUUAUAUAUGCGUCUAGGAGCAGUUGGUUUUGGAUUAGGCGUUAUGAUUCAUGAUGGCUUCAAUUUAUCAUCAGUAUGGGAAGUACGUGAACCAGUAUGUCACAGUAAAUUAUGGAUACCAAAGCAUAUAAUCCGAAUAAUAUGGGUUCUCUGGCAAACAUAUUUUAUAUUCAAAUAUCAUAGGGUCAUACUACAUGUGCAUAGAGUAGCAGUACGUCUGGCCUACAUACACCUGGCAACAAUUAAUUUUUGUCAUUGGCUUAAAGUUGUUGUUGGUGAAGUGGCCAACACAUUAAAAACACCUGCAUAUUAUACGCCUACAAAUCAACGUACACAUAUUUCGAAACCUGUAGUUGGGAAUCAUAGUUACACGCAUAAUUCAUUCAACUUUUCCAUUCAGGACCACUCUCAAAGUAGCUUACUUCAAAAUAGAGACGGUCAAACUCUGAAGCAGACAAGCUAUGCGAGUGGUGAAAGUAUUCCAAAAGUUUGUCUUGGUUACCUAGGUGUUACACUAGGUCCAUUUCUAUUUCCACUAGCCAUUGAAUACAGUUUGAUAACUGGAUCGUUCUUUUAUAAAAUGCUGCAACGUGUAGACCAGAGUUUCCCGAAAUCUUCCUCAACUGCUAAUGAACGUCUUGGACAACAUUCACCAAGUUUGAUAAGCUCAUCACCUUCGUCAACAGUCAACAGUAUGAAUAAGUGUGUGCUUAAAAAAUCAAACAGUUCAUUGUUUCAAGAUGUGGAUGAGGAUGAUGGUGUAGACCAGUAUUAUCAUCAACAAUGUACUGAACACCUGACUUACAGACCAGUAAUGGGAUGCCAAGUUUUCCUGCCAAUUCUUAAAGAACACAGACUACCGAUAUUGAACAAAGUUAGUGAAGACUAUCAGGAUUGUGAAGAUUCCCCACUAACUGAAGACACUCCACAAACACCCAAUCGUCAAAAACCGGUCAAAGUUGAUACAGGUCAUCAGUGUCAUAGAUCGCAUUCAGGUUUAUUUUUAGGCAUUAUGUUAUUAAUAGCCAGUAUUGUAUGCAUGGUAUUAUUUCUGUUACGUGGACGUAAUGGCUCAAAAAAGUUUGCUGCACAUAUUUAUCAAAAAUCGAAAAUUGCUUUAUCUUCCAUUGGUUUCUUGGCUUGUGUUAUGGCUAUCUUGCAGACAAAUAAGUUAAAAUUUCGUCGACUAGGUCGUGGUGAAAGUUUUGAAUAUAAUUUACUGACAAUUGGAUUAAUUGGUUGUAUUACAUAUCAUAUGUUUUUAUUUAUCCCAGCACUAGAGACUGUCAUUCAUACUCUAUUAUUUAAUACAAAUGAGUUAAAACAGUAUACAGACAUUGAACAAGUUCAAUAUGAGACCACUCGUAAACCUUUAACUGUGUUGACUAAUAGAACAAAUACUUUUAAAGUAACCAAUGAUUAUAUUCAGCAUACAGCAUUAUUAUACUUGGCAAAAUGUACACUAGAAAUACUUCAAGCAUUAUUGCAAUUCUUUUUUAUUGUUGAAACAUCACGACGUAAAGUUUGUUGUAUUAAUCAGGCAAGAAUAAAACCUGGUCGUUCAGUGAUUGUAUUUUUGUUAAUAUGUAAUUUAGCUCUAUGGCUUGUGAAUACAUUUGAAGUAAGAAGUGCUGAAACACAACUGUCAUUAUAUAGACAAUAUUUUGGUGUACGUACAUGGUCUGUUAUCACUUAUUGUUUUGUUCCAUUAAUUAUCUUUUUUCGAUUUCAUUCAACUGUAUGCUUAGCUGAAUUAUGGUCAAAAUUAUAUACACUAAGAUGAAUUCAUUGAAUUUGUUUAAAUGAAUGCCUUAAAUCGCAUAUUUUGAUUUUUAGUUAUUUUUAAAGGAAAUUUAACAGAAUAAAUGUCACGAUUUAAAUAUAAGACAAUGAUUAUG